AGAGUUCCAUUGGCUCAAAAUGGCGACUUUGUUGAGGUCGGUCGCCCGACAAGGUCGGGUCUUUCAAGUAAUUUCAAAAAAUAAGCCAGCCCGAAUUAUUGUGGUCCCCUUACUAAAGCAUAAUGCUUAUAUUUCAACUUCUGAAAAGAAAAAGGAUGUUGGUGCAGUAGUCCAAACUAUGGAGAAGUCGGCCGAGUUAAAGAGAUUAACUGAACAUUUCAAAGACACCGACACAAACAAAGAGGAGGUAAGUCUUAUCUUAAUGUUCAGCACAAUUACGUUUACAUACAUACACAUUUUAUUUGCCUUAAUACACUAGAACAUGACUAUCAUCACUCUUACGUCUAGAGUUUCUUAAAUUCAAUAGAAAUAUAAAAUAAUAUACUAUGUGACUAAACUACUAUUCUCAGUAAGUACAGUACAGUCAGUACCCUGUACCCUCCUACUCCUACAGUUACAGUCUAGGGAAAAUCUGUAGUGUCAGUGUGUAGGGUAGGCUGUAGAAAGAUGAGGAAAAAAAUACUGCAAACAGUGGAUAUUUACACUGCAAAUUCAUUGUGUUUUAUAAUUUAUAAUUACGGCUGUUUCAGAUUUAGCGGCCCACGACGACUUUGUUUUGGAUUCACUCCCUUUAUUUUUUUUGAAAAAAAGAGUUACAUUUUCGGAAUUAAAAUUUUAUUGGUUGAUUAAUUAUAAUUGUAAAAUUUUCAUUGGUUGGCUCAUUAUCAUAUUUCUUUUGUUCCGCCAUGUUUGAUUUCUUUGGGGUGCCUGUGGGGUAUGGAGAUUUAUUCAUUUUGUGGCUAUAUUUUCCUUGGAACCUGAAAUAAAGUAAAAAGUGUUUUUGUUAAUUUUUAUAGUUUUCUUCCCAAAGUGUGAAAUUCCACGUGUUUUCGCUUGUGGAUUUACGGCUAGUUUUUAGGGUUCAGGUUAUGCUUAGGGAUCGAUUUAGUGUUAGGGCUAGGCAUAGGGAUAGAUUUAGGGUUAGGCAUAGGGAUAGAUUUAAUGUUAGGGUUAGGCAUAGGGAUAGAUUUAGGGUUCAGGUUAGGCAUAGGUAUCGAUUUCAGACAAUUUUUUCAUACAUUUUAAAAUUUUUCUUCCAAAUUUUAGCAAACGUGAAUUAUUUUAUUUUUCCAUGGCCGCCAUCUUGGUUGCCUCGACCCGUGAACACGUAAAAGUGCGCGGGUCGAGGCAACCAAGAUGGCGGCCAUGGAAAUAGACUCGGGCCGCUUUCUCUGAAUUUACCAUAAUUACUUAAAGUACUAUUGUUUGAAAAAAUGUUCUUUCAAAAUAUAUAAUAUUAUAUAUAUUAUAUGUUACAGUAUAUUACAAAGCUCUUAAACUUAAACUAUUUAUAAUUUGUUUUCGUUUUAUAUUCAAUUACAUGAGAGUCAUUUAUUGACUGUAAACAUAUUUUUAUAGUGUCAUCUUCUCACUUAUUACUAAAAGUGUUUUAACCCUUUCGUUACCGAUGUCGACGCGACGCCACAAUCACCUACUUUCAAUUACCAAGGACGUCACAUUGUCUUCAUAAAAAAGAGGAAAUGAACUUUUCUGAAAUACCAAAGACGCCAUGUCAACGUCACAUUUCAAUGCUAUAUAUAUUUCUUUAUUCAUUAAUCUAUAGAGAAGUUAAUAAGCGAAUCGGACAGACAAUGAAAAAUACCGAAAGUUUCUUUUUUUUUCUUCUUUUUAAUUGCUGAUUAUACAAAAUAUAAUCCGGAUAGCAUAAGUUAGCUAAUUCUUUAGUAUAUAUUAUUUAUUAGCUAUGGCCUGUGUUUAUAUUUAUAUAUAUAUAUAUAUAUUUGUUUAUAUUCUGUAGCUUUUUUUUUUUGAGGGGUGGGAAAGACAACUAUAGUGUAGUGUAUCAGAAGGUCUAGCAAGAUACCCAUAAAAAUGCUUGUAAUGUUGCUGCAGUUGAGUUGUUUUUACACAAGAAAACAAUAAUUUCAUUUCAAAUCAGUAAGUUAACCUAAACGUAAAUCAUUGUCAUCUCCUAUAAAUAUGUUUCCAGUGCAAUCUAUCUGUUAUAAUUUCUUGCAUUAACUUUGUAUCUGUUGCCCAUUUAACUUUGAAGUCAAGGUUAUCUUUUGGGAUACCUAGUUCAUGACACUGCAUUAAUAAAUUAUAGUUUUUUUAAUGACACAUCAAAUUGGGGUGUUAAAAUAAUAAUUAUUACUAUUGUUAAAAAGUGUUUGUGAAUUUAAUGAAAGAACUUUUAACUCCACAGAAUUAUAUCUCAUAUGGCUAUGAGCCUGGUGACCGGGACACAGACUACUUCCUCCACCAUUUAGUUAUGUUUUGUUCUAUUACUAUUUGCGUCUGUUUGGGGGGCUUCAUUUUAGCCUACAUGCCAGACUACAAGUAAGUAGUUCUUAUUCUUUGCUGUAUCCGUCUGAAAGUUUAUUUACUAUAAAAUGUAAAGCUUUGAUGUUUAGAUAACUUUAAAUUAUCGCUAUGCUAUAACUAGAUGAAUCUAUUAAAAUAUUACUUAAAUCAUCUUUUAUUUGUUUCGGCCGAAACUGAAAAGUUAACUUUUGGUUUAAUUUUGGUUAUGACCAAAACUGAAAAGUUAAGUUUCGAUUUACUCUCGGUUUUUGGUCGAAAGUGAUUGAGACUUUGGGAAGUCUGGUCCGAAGUGAAAAAUGGCUUUGGUCUUCUACCAGAUGUCAGAUUGUCACUCAGACGGCUGGCAAUCCUAUAUUAAUUAUUGCGCGGCGUACUGCUGUCAUCGGUAAUACAUAACAAAUAAUUUGCAAACACUGUUCACAGCUGUCCAAUAUUUUAAGAAAUGAAAUUUCAAUAAGACAAAAGGAAAGGUUAAUAGUUUGGUGGAAAAAAAACUAUGGGGAAUGGUAAUAUUUAUAUUAUUAUUUUAUUUUUUUUUUUUUAAAAUUGGGAACACUAGGCUCAUUCAAGUCAUUUAUUUGUGAAAUGCACUUUGAUUUAUCAUUAUCUUGCUCAAAAAUGUAGUAAUAGUCCAAGGGAACUAGCAAUGUGAAAAAAAAAAAUCUUAGGGAAUGGUAACAUUUCCUUUAUUAUUUGUAACAUUAUUCUUUUAUUCUUUUUAAUUUCGGAUCCCUAGGCUUUCUCAAUUAAUUAAUUCAUUGACUUUCAUCGUUAUCGUGCUUAAAAAUUUUUUACUUAAAAUGAAAUAAAAGUUUAAUAUAUCACACCAAAUUAGUGAAGUGUCAAGUGUAUGGAAAUAAAUGAAAAGAAAGAAAAGAAUGAACCUUUAUUAAUAUUUUACACAAUAGUAAAACAUCAUUACGUUUUCAAUUUUGUAUUAUUAGGCAAAAGUUGCCUUUAAUUUAAAUCAUAAGCCUACACACAUACAGCCUACACACGUAUGUUUGUAUCAACAAACGUAUGUGUGUAUCGCUGUUUCGUAAAUAAUUAUGUAAUGGGGCUGUAAUAUUAAACUAAACUAACAUUCUCUAAACUUUUGUUCAAUCUAGGUGAAAUCUAAAAUUAGCGACAAAUGAUAAUUGCCGAUCAACAAACAAUUUCAAGUCGAACAAAAAGAACACGAGUUUCAGCAAAAAGUGUAUGGGUUCUCGGAAGAAAAAUAGUUUUUUUCAAGUCUUGUGUGUGGACAUUUUAAUGGGCGAUACCAUUAAACAAUAGAUAGCCUAAGCUCUCGAUCGAUACCCUUUAUAUAUGUUUAGAAAGCGUUGUAAUUAUAUUUUAAAAGAAGGGUCCAUUUUGCAAGAAUUUUGCCCUUCCCCCAGUCAAAUUUUUAAAAUACAAAACUAAUUUAAAUUUUAUUGUUUAUCAGCUUUAAAUUAUUUCUUAAUGCAAAUGGUAAAAGCCAAAAAAGGAGAGAAGGUUCAGUUCAUUGGAUAAAUUGUAUGAGAGUCGUUUAAGACGAAUAAAAAUUGCAACAAAAGUUGUUCCAUCAUUUUUCGCGGUGAGCAGAACAUGUGCGAAAACGAGUUUUGAAAAAUUAAAAUUUUUCAGCUUCGGUUUAAUUUGGGUUUUGGCAGAAACUGAAAAGUUAAGUUUUGUUUUACUUUCGGUUUCGGCCAAAAGUCGUAUUUUAAUUUUCGGCCUGGUUUCGGCCGAAAUCAGAAAAUCACUUUCGGUCGGUCUCUAAUUUACUCUAGUUUGAUACCCUACAUAUAACUACAUAUAACUUAUAACAUAUACAUAUUUUCUUCAUUAUCAUUAAUUUAUUUAGUACAGUAUAUUGAUUUUCUUUUCUAUGACAAUAGAGGUGAAUAAGAUAUGGUGUUUUUUUUAGGAGUGAAAAUUAUUAGUAACAGAAACUUUUUCAUUUUAUUUAUUUCCAAUAUAGAUUCCAUGAUUGGUGUAAAAGAGAGGCAUUUUUAGAACUUGAACGAAGAGAAAGGGAAGGGCUGCCACUUGUGGACCCUGACUACGCAUGUGCUGAAUCAAUUAAACUGCCUACAGAUGAGGAAAUUGGGAAUGUUGAAAUUAUCAUUUAGUUUACUUGUCAUUUAUGCUGUGGUUAAAUCAAUGCUUCUGUCACCACAUUUAUUUAAAAAAUUGAUUGAAUGGAAAAAGAGUAUAGUAACAGCCUCUUUUUCAUUGGGAAAUCAUAAAUUAACAGUUGAGAAUAUCUGCAAACUGGUGGAAAUUGUUGGAUUAUUUUAGGUUGAUAAAGCUACUAUCUCCAUAUUUUUUCCCCACCAUAAAUGGAAGAAAAAGUGUUUUGUUAAAUGCUCAUUCUCAACUGGAUAAAUAAUUUCAAUUUCUUAUUAGCUGUAAAUGCCAGGUUCUAGUUCUACCAGGUCAUUGUUAUUGCAGCAUAUUUGGUUUAUUUGUAAUUGAAUUUAUAUUUGUAAAUAAUAAACCAUAGAAUAAAUGUUCCAGAUUUAGCUUUUUUUUUAAAUCAAAAAUAAGGACGUUGUUCAACAUUUUUAUUUUUCUGUUUUCUGAUGAUUGGUUUAGACCCAUUGUGACCAUCAAACCACUACAGUGGUGAUAUUUUUUAAAUACUGUAAUUCAAAUCUCCACAAUUGACUAAAAAUUUUAGUGAGCAUAUUUAUUGUAGUUGUAGCUAUUGUAAUACUACCACUGUUAUUUAAAGUGAGAAUAAAAGGGGGUUACGUUUUUACAAAUAAGAAACUUUGCAAUCUUUCUGUUUUACCAAUUGUUCAAACUGUGGUUUUAGUCUAUCACACAAAGUGCAUCAUAAAGUAGUCUCAAACAUUCAAAUCUUUAAUCAGUGAACGUGAGGAUUGUUUAAAUCCCAGAUUUUUUGCUUGAAACAUCUGCAACCAAAAAUUCUGCCACAUUUCAUCCAACAAGGCCCAAUGUUUUUCAUUCACUUCUGUUCUGAAAUAACUUUUCUUCCAUAUUUGCUUGAAAUUGCUGGACACACUACAUCAGUACCUUUUUUUUUCUUUUAAAAAUAGUAACAGUUUUAAUCUAACCGACAGCUUAUAGAUCAGCCCCAUGUUGCUUAGGAGCUCAACUGUUUUGAUCUAAUUGACAGCUCUUAGACCAGCCCCAUUUUGCUUAGGACCUCAACUGUGUUAAUCUAACUGACAGCUCUUAGACCAUCUCCAUUUUGCUUAGGACCUCAACCGUUUUAAUCUAACUGACAGCUCUUAGACCAGCCCCAUUUUGCUUAGGACCUCAACCGUGUUAAUCUAACUGACAGCUCUUAGACCAGCCCCAUUUUGCUUAGGACCUCAACAGUGUUAAUCUAACUGACAGCUCUUAGACCAGCCCCAUUUUGCUUAGGACCUCAACCGUUUUAAUCUAACUGACAGCUCUUAGACCAGCCCCAUUUUGCUUAGGACCUCAACCGUUUUAAUCUAACUGACAGCUCUUAGACCAGCCCCAUUUUGCUUAGGACCUCAACCGUGUUAAUCUAACUGACAGCUCUUAGACCAGCCCCGUUUUAUUUAGGAGCUCAAACACAAAUCUGUUCAUGAAUUGAUGCCUACAUACAACUUGCCAAAACUACACACACAAAAAAUGUACUAAUAAACAUAUCUAACAAAAACAAUUAUUUUUUUAUGAACAAGGUAAUUUUAAAAAUAAUUUGAUGGCACAGGAAGGAGGGGUCAAACCAUGUUACAUGAAUUGAAGAGCUUUUCAAUCAUUUUUAUUUUCUUUGUAGGUAGAGAGUCCUCUACAGCUUCUUCUAAUAAUAUAAAUGGCCAUAGCAUGUUUUUUUUUUUAUAUUUAUGCUAGACAUAAUCUGCUAAACAAUGGCGGCGGCUAUGUAAUGAACUUCCCAUCUUCCACUUUGUAAAUUUACUAGAAAUAAAUGCAUUCAAGUAACAUACUUUAUAAGAAUUCCAAUUAGUGUUAACUUCUGGGAAUUUCAUUUUUGCAUGCUUACUGAACACAACAUUUCACCCAUACAUAAAACUGUACGGUACCUACAGAAUUAUUAUUUGUGUUAAGUUGACUAAUUUUUUUUAAAAUAAUUCAAACCUGUUACAUAAAGAUUGCAUGUAAAAACCUGUAAGAAAGAUAUUAAAAAGUAAAACUGCAACCUUCAAUGUGGGAAAGCGAC